GAUGUCCAAAUCCAUUUCCACCGCCCGCCGGCGCCAAUUUUCAUACUCUGCAACUCCGUUCUUCUUCUUCUUCUCUGUAUCGUUCCAGUAUUCUCCAUAACAUGAGCAAGAACUACCGGAACAUCGAGCGGAGAAUCCUUCGCCUCCUUUCCGGCCACAAAUCCCCAACCCAUCUCACUCAAAUCCACGCCCACUUCCUCCGUCACGACCUUCACCAAUCCAACCAAAUCCUCGCCCAUUUCAUCUCCAUUUGCGGAGCUUUCAACGAAAUUGCCUAUGCCAAUCGCGUCUUUUCCCAAUCCCAAAAUCCCAACAUUUUCCUUUUCAAUUCCAUGAUCAAAGCCCAUUCCCUUUCCGGCCCCUUCCAACAAUCCCUUCUCCUGUUUUCCUCCAUGAAGAAUCGCAGGAUUGUUCCUGACGAGUACACUUUCGCGCCGCUGCUUAAAUCGUGUUCGAAUCUUUAUGAUUAUCGGCUUGGUAAGUGUGUUAUUGGUGAAGUUUUGCGUCGUGGGUUUGAGUGGUUUGGGUCUAUUCGUAUUGGGGUAGUUGAGUUGUAUGUUUGUUGUGAGAGGAUGGAUGAUGCACAGAAGGUGUUCGAUGAAAUGCCUCAAAGGGAUGUGGUUGUUUGGAACUUGAUGAUUCGUGGGUUUUGCAAGAUGGGUAAUGUUGAUUUGGGGUUGUCUCUCUUUAGGCAAAUGAAUGAUCGUAGCCUCGUUUCUUGGAACACAACUAUUUCCUGUUUAGCUCAAAGUGGGCGUGAUGUUGAAGCUUUGAAACUCUUUCAACAAAUGGAAGAACAUGGUUUCGAACCAGAUGAGGUAACUGUGGUCACAAUGUUGCCUGUAUGCUCUCGUUUGGGAGCUCUUGAUGUUGGACAAAUGAUCCAUUCUUAUGCAACUUCCAAGGCAGAUUUAGUGAAUACAACAAUGGUAGGGAAUUCGCUUAUCGAUUUCUACUGUAAAUCUGGCAAUACAGAAAAAGCUUACAACAUUUUUCAGAAAAUGACUUGCAAAAGUGUUGUUUCAUGGAACACAAUGAUCUUAGGCUUUGCUUUGAAUGGGAAGGGAGAGCUUGCCAUUGACCUUUUCACGGAGAUGGGACGAGGGGAUGCGAAGCCGAACGACGCGACACUCGUAGCCAUCUUGACUGCUUGUGUUCAUUCAGGAUUGUUAGAGAAGGGUCGAGAGGUGUUUUCUUCAAUGGCUGAGAAGUAUGAGAUUGAGCCAAAACUUGAACAUUUUGGUUGUAUGGUUGAUCUUUUGGGACGUGGUGGAUGCGUGGAGGAGGCUCAUAGCUUGAUUAGAAGUAUGCCAAUGCAGCCAAAUGCCACUUUGUGGGGUGCUUUGCUUGGUGCUUGCAGAACUCAUGGUAACUUGAAACUUGCAGAAAUGGCAGCGAAUGAGCUCAUCAGUCUUGAACCAUCGAACUCUGGUAAUUAUGUGUUGCUAUCUAAUAUAUUGGCUGAAGAAGGACGAUGGGAAGAUGUUGAGAAUGUCCGACGCUCGAUGAGAGGAAAAAACGUCAAGAAGGCACCGGGGCGGAGUGCAAGUGGGUAAUCUCAGGGUGAAAAAUUACUCAAACGGAGACCUGCAUUAUUUAACGUAUUUCGUUGAUAUGAACCAUUCUUAGACCUGCAUCAGAAAUGUGCUCAGCAACCAUUUUUGAAUGGGUUAAAUUCAACUAUGAGUUCAUUAAAUGCAAUUUAAAGUGCAUACGUCUCUACAACAUGUAGGAAAAGCCCCAAUCUUCUAUAAUUAUAAUUAUCUUUGACGAGCUUGUCGUAGCUUGAAUACAAGUGACUUCUUGGCCCUUGUCCAUGUAAUUGAGUCUUGAUGUAUGAAAAUUCAUUAAUAGUGAAAAUGCUCUACCAUCUCUUAUA